GAUAUAUUUGUAAAAUGUCUAAAUAGUCAGUCAGUCUAAAUUAUUUCAUUCUGAAAAAAUAUUAUAGCGGUCACUAAUCUGGUGACGUUAAAGACCAAAAAGUGUCAAAUUUUCUAAACAAAUUAGAAGACAGUCGAUAUAAGAUAAAACAACCAUGGUGAGUUUCUAAGAAACUCAUUCAGAUAAUACGACAUUGAUUAUUUAGUAUUUAAAAAAUUCAAAUCAAAUCAACUACAGAGGGCAAAUACGUAAAUCAUGCAAAGUCCAAAACUCCAUAUAAAUAGGACCGUAUAGAUAUAGCUCGAAUUGACAGACAGAAAUAAAAACACUCUCAAAACGUUACAAAACCUCUUCACUUUCUUUUUGCUACCCUUUAAUUAAUGGCGUCUGACGAGAGCAUGGUGAUGAACUCUUCUUCGGUUCUGGACGAAGAGUACGACGAUACAGAUGAUGGGUUUCAUUACCAGACCAGACAAAGUAGUUUGUCUAGGUUAUCUAUCUGCACGAGCUCCUUCCACGACGACGACGACGAAGAUAACUUCACAAGUCAACCUUCUGAACUGGGUACCUUCAUUUCUGAGCUGUCUCUGGAGAGCUUCGACGACGUAGGAGCCGAGGCUGACGGAGAAAUCUCCGACGGUGAAGAUUCAGAUUCCGAUAAGGAAUCUUCAGGGUUCUACUCUCUCCCGACGAUCAUGUCUCGCCGGAGAAGAAAAGUCAACGAGAUGACGAACGUCGAUGGCAGUACUGUAGUUAAGCAGAGAAGCUACGGUCACGGUUUUAACGGUGUGGAGAGAGACGGAGACGGAAAACGUUACGGAGGAGAGUUGACGGUGUUAACUAAUGUGAAGGGAGGAAAGAAGUCGAUGAAGAUGGGUUUUGAGGAAGUGAAGGCUUGUAGAGAUCUCGGGUUCGACGUGGAAGUUCCGGGUCGGGUUUCAGUAUCCAACGGGUCAAACCGCGAGACUCAGACUAGUAGUGGAAGCAACUCUCCAAUUGGCAACUGGCGUAUCUCGAGCCCUGGAGAUGAUCCGAAGGAGGUUAAGGCGAGACUGAAGAUGUGGGCACAAGCAGUUGCUUUAGCUUCUGCAUCACGUUAAAGCUUUCUUAUGUUAGGGUUGUUCGUUCGAAUAUUUAGGUUUUUAUUAGUUUUAUGAGUUAUUAUAAGUUUUUUUCUUGAAUCUGUAAGUUUGUAAAUACGAAAGGUAUAACUAUUUUUUUUUGUUCAAUGUUGAUAAAAAAAAGCUUUAAAUU